UGGAAACGCUAUCAUGGAUAUGGUUACCUAUUCUGCUGUCAUCUGUCUGUUCUAGCGAAAGAAUCACAAUGAAAGGGAACAUGACUUACAAUUCAACGAUAGAAGAAGUUAGCUUCGUUUAUUUUUCUGGGUACAAUAGACUGCUAAGUCGUUAUAAUUGUAACAGUGCUACUGCAUGUCAAAUGCAAAUGGAGUACCAAGCAAUGACAGGUGGCUUGACCACUGCACAAUACACGAUAACAUUUUACAAGGUGACACCAUCAACUCUUGGCAAACUACUAGCAUGCAAGACAUCUCUUGGAUUUCAAAAGAUCUUUCCAAGACGGUCUAUUUAUGAAUCUCAAUGCGACAGUGCAUCUUCAACAUAUGUCUUUCCUCCAUCGAUAUAUAGCAUAGCUGACAAUUUUGACGUUUCAAUUUACACAAGAGGUUAUAUUGAUGAAAAGCAGUUGAGAUUAAUGCUGAGUACAGAUCAUACUCACAUUCUUAUCCCCAGCAGCACGCGGCUAUAUGAAAUUAAAUUUUAUAUUGGUGUAAUAUACAGUGACACUUUUGAUUGUCCUUUGACAGAAGAUGGACAACCAAGAUUUGUGAACCUUAAUGAUAAUAUCAACAGAGAUUAUCCAAACAUGAAAAUUAUUAACUCUUAUACAUGGAUUUGGCCAUCUUUCCGCAGAAAGUUAUAUGAAUUAAAAUGUCGUUAUUAUCGUAAUGUGGAUGGUAAACAUACAAGAUUCUACAAAACGAAAUUUCUAACAAUGACAAAAAUAGAUGUUCCUUCACUUACUUUGCUUGAUAAUUUUCACAUUGACGAGGAUUUUAUUGCAAGAGCUUAUAUGGUCGUUGGCUCAAAUACGCCAGUCAGUAUGUCAUCCAUAACAUUCACGAGAUUGAAUGGAAACAUACCAGAUGAAGUCUCACUCGUGCAUGAUUAUAGCUUUUUUGAAUUUCAUUACUUCAAUUUGACAUUCCCAAUAAACCUCAAUACAUUUGGACUAUACAAUCUAACAGUGAGACUCUCCACUGGAGAAACUUUUACGGAGACUUUUAAUGCUGCAAAUUCAUACAAUACUACACUAAAAUCAAUAUCGGUUGUACCAUUACAAAAAAUAGCAGCAAAUGGUACUGAUGUAGUCUUAGAAUGUACAGUCGAGUUGCAAGGGCCAGGAAUGAUAAAUUGGACAAGACAAGGAGAGAACAUCAGGGAUGUACCAAGUAUAAGCAUUGAGUUGGAUCCAAGUUCAACUGAUACAUUCAAGAUCACCCGUCUGAUUUUUUCACCUAUAGACUAUGAAGACACUGGUAUAUAUACUUGCUCAGCAAGAGCAUCGUAUAGAAUAUACGAAAGUACAGAGGUUUUAGUAUUGCCUCCAGAUAGUCCGUAUUUUAAUCCAGAGGAAGAGGAUGGUACAGGUGAUGGUGGAAAUGAUCGUUCAAAUGGACCGAUUGAUCCUGAUGUGUAUGUAAUAGUUGGAGGAGUUGUUGGAGGAUUGCUUUUCUUCAUUGGUAUUGUAGUAGUAGCAGGUGUAGGGAUGUAUUGCUUCUGGAAGCAUUAUUAUAUAUACGUGUAUGACAAAAGAAAGAUCCUUAUCUGUGCUAGAUAUAAGAAGGUUCCUAUGGAAGGGGAUGGGACAGAAGCCGCUCCAGAAGACCAAGAGUAUUGUAUGGAUAGAGGAGAAGAAGAAUCUAUAAAAAAUGAAGAAAUACAAAAAAAUCCAAUAGAAGGAGACCCAAUAAAAGAUAUAGUUUCUGCAGCGAUUGGAACAGCAAUGACUGACAAUGGCAAAGAAAAAAGGAAAGGGAGAGCAAAGAGAAAUAGCAAUACAAAGGAAAGCACCAAAGAUGAAGAGCACGUUGAAAAUAUUGAUAGUAUGAAUGAAACACUGGGGCACCAAGGAACCACUGACAAGAAAAAAGCAAAAGGUGGCACAGGAGGCAUGCAUUCUGAAUUGGAACAGGCUUUAAAGGCUAGAAAAGUUGAUGAGAAAAGCAAACCGAGCACUAGUGAGACAAGGAAUGAUGUUGAAGAGAAGUCUGAGGAGAAAAAAGAUUGGGGCAAAGAGAAAGAUGAUCUUGAAAGGGAAAAGGAAAGAGAGAGAGAUGAUCUUGAAAGGGCCAAGGAAAGAGGAGCCAGAGAAGAUAGGUCUCGAGAGAGAAGAGAUAGAGAAGACAGACACAGGGAGGACAGAUCUAGGGAAAGAAGGGAUAGAAAAGAUAGAUACAGGGAAAGAAGUAGAGAGGACAGAUCUAGAGAAAGAAGUAGAGAGGACAGAUACAGGGAAAGAAGUAGAGAGGACAGAUCUAGAGAAAGAAGUAGAGAGGACAGAUCUAGAGAAAGAAGUAGAGAGGACAGAUACAGGGAAAGAAGGAGAGAGGACAGAUAUAGGGAAAGAAGUAGAGAAGACAGAUCAAGAGAAAGACAAAGCAGGGAAGAGAGAUCUAGAGACAGAAGACAGAUCAAGAGAAAGAAGAGAUCGUGAAGAUAGACACAGAAGAAGAUAAAAUGAGA